GUGCGAAAAAGAAAAAGAAAAUCCCCUCCUGGCUCCCUCCUCUACCGGUAACCCUCGCCGGCCAGUCGCCGCCGCCAUCCCCCACCAGCCGCCACUCCUCGACGCAGCCGUUCCACGCCGCGCCAAUCCCCGACUCCCUGCCGACCCGCGCGCGCUCCCCGGCCAUCCGCUGCGCCGCCCGCAUCGUCGCACUCCCGCCGUCACCCCUCGGCUACCUCCGGACCCCCGUUGCGCCUGGUCGUUGUGCCGACCUGCCGCUGCUGACUCCCGCGCCCGCGGCCGACUGCUCGAUCUCCUCGACCCGCAUCUGCUAAUCGACACCGAUCCGUGCUCCUCCAUCCGUAACCCGGUUUUCUCGCAAUGGGGCUCUUCGGUAGCGGCUUCAAAUUUCUGGCGGGAGUGGGAUGUGGUGUCUAUGUGGCUCAGAACUACAACGUUCCAAAUGUCAAGAAGCUGUUCAACACGUAUGUUUUCCUGGCCAAGCACAUUGAGGAAACAUACCGCAAGCCAAAGAAAGACGACAAAGACGACUGAUUAUCGCGCCCCUGGCGAAAAGAAGUAUACUCUGACAUGACAGAAGCGUGAUCUUCAAGAGCUUAAAACUACGACGGAUCAUAGUGGGUAGCUGUGAAAUUUGUCAUGGCAAUGUUUGUGGAUAUUUAUGAUGAAACCUUAGUAUUUUGAUUGAAGUAGGAGACAAAGGUAUGCCAACAUCCGAUCCAUAUAUUAUGGCACUAGUACAAAAUUCAUAUCGUAAUAAAUGGCACAUUUUGUGUCGUUAUCUUCCCGUGA